CACAGCUGAAGGCAAUACAGGACGACGUACGAAUAAUACAUCUGAAAAUAACAGUAUUUUGAUGACACUGUGAGAUUUUUUAGUAUUUCUUUUCUGCUUGCGCAAUGGCACAUCGACCAAAGAGGACAAGUCUUCGACAUCUGCGAGAGCAUUUGGUGUGCGUGCUGUGUGGAGGCUAUCUGAUUGAUGCCACUACGAUCGUAGAAUGUCUACAUUCAUUUUGCAAGACCUGUAUUGUACGAUAUUUAGAUAGUAGCAAGUUUUGUCCAAUAUGUGACGUUCAAGUUCAUAAAACAAAACCACUUGUUAAUAUUAGAAUGGACCAUACUUUACAAGAUAUGGUGUACAAACUAGUGCCUAAUCUAUUUCAUGAGGAAAUGAAAAGACGUCGAGAGUUUUAUAAAGAAAACAUCGACGAAGAAGAUAGUCCGGAAGGACCAUGGCCAGAAUAUUACAUAGAUGAUGAUGGUGAAAUACAACGAGAACGUGUCAUCUUUUCUGAUGACGAACAGAUUAGUUUAUCGCUUCAACUAAGUACCGACGGUAAACCACCCAAAUCACCUGAUAAAAGGGAUCCCAAGAGUUCAACAGAGAUGACGGAUUGUCGUUAUUUGUUGUGUCCUGCUGCCGUAACCGUAUCACAUUUGAAGAAAUUCAUUCGCCUGAAAUUCAAUCUGUGUGACCGAUAUCAGAUCGAUGUUUAUCACUCGGAUGAAAUCCUUCAGGACCAUUACACACUUAUGGACAUUGCGUACAUCUACGCUUGGAGACGAAGAGGACCUUUAAGACUAUUUUAUACCGUGUACACAAAUCCCGCAAAACGGAUAAAACGCAGUAUAUCUGCUACAGUAACAUCAGACAUUGACACAAGUAUUGUUGAAAUGCCGUGUACCACCAAACCAUCAGAGAGUACUGACGAUACUGAUAAGAAAGUGGCAUCCCCCGUUCAAACAUCAACCAAAUAUGAUGACCAAUCAAAGAGUGAAACAAAGAAGCCUGAGAUUCCUUCAUCUACCACCAGCUCCAGUAAAUGUACAGAAACUGUUAGUUCCACAGUAGAUUUUUCAAAACAGGAAAACAAGGUACAAAUGCCAACUAAUGAAAUCGUCACACAAAAUUUGGAAAUUCCACAGAAAACAGACACAAAGAAAACCUCUGACAUACAAAAAAUGACAGAAAUACCAACAUGUACUCAAAUCAAUGUUCCAAUUCCUCACAGAUCGUUCUUAUUAGGACCGAAACCAAAAGAAAAAACAGAAACGAAGCAAAAGGAGUUGUCAAGUUGGAAAAAUUCUAAAGAUAAAAUACUAAGUCUUCCAGUGAAACAUCCAGAUAGUAAAAUAACAGUCCCUCAUCCAAAACCUGUAGAAAAUGUCUCGAAAGUCUCAACUACUUUGAAACUACCAAGUGCUUCAUUUACUCAUAGCAACGGCAAGAUCACGAACACUAAUGCUACUAGCCAAAUAAUGAAAGCAAGCAGCAGUAGCACUUCCACUGGUAGCAAAAAUUCGAAUUCAAUACACGAUAAACAAACAAAACGAACUCACGUCGAUUGUUGUGUUUCGCCCGACACAAAGAAACCAAAAUACAAUACGGAAUCUAUUGCUAAAACCGGGAUAUAUAAAAAUGGAAAGGAUAACCAUGUAAAUAAACCUGUCAACAUCCCAUAUGUUUCUAAAUCUCCAACAAAUCUUGUUGGUAGUACAUUGUCGUCUGCUGAUAAAGCACGCAAACUUCUUCAUAUACCAGAGAGGCCACUCCUUCCGUAUGCCCCUAUGGCAGCGCAUUAUCAAAGCAUGAAUGGUUUCUUCAAUUAUAGAUCACAAAUACAGGAUUAUGGUAAUGAUGCACCGCAGGACCUUAGCAUGAAAAAGAAAUCUAGCGAUUCUAAUGAUAAUACAAAGAAUCUACCGGAUUCAACAAAACACUCGCCUCCUGCGCCAAAAAGUGCUCCUGAUAAUAAACAGAAAAAGGAAAAAAACGGAGAAAUUGACAAGUACGCGUUCACCGAUGAUGAUGCAGCUACCCCAGUUACGUCACGUAAACUGCAACAUGUAAAGUCAGAACCUCUAACUUUGAACUGAUUAAUUAUUGUAUGGCUUCAAUGGAUAAGAAAUUUUUAUGUGAGUUUGGCAAGUAGGAAAUUGUAUUGUGAUGACACGGAAAGUUCUGUGGACGUCUUGCUUAUAUCACAGAAUAUGAGUUAGUGCUAAAUUGUUUGUUUAACGUAAUGAGUGAAAAAGGAUGUGGAUAUUAUUGGACUGCUCCAUGAAACACUGAAAAAGGAAGUAAAUAACAACUUAAAUUAGGUUUACAAAGAGUUCAAUUAUGUUAUUGAAAAACCAAUGCUUAUAGUGCAAAUUGCAUUUGUAAAUGCUAGCUGCUUCAAACCAACUGGCUGUAUGUAUUAAUUACGAGCUUUAUAGGUUAAAUAUAUUAAACCAGGAUUGGUCACAGUGGAUAUAGGUGAUUUUUCUUCAUUCCAUUAAAUUCGUUUUUCUUUUUGGACAUGCAUGAUAUGUAUUUUUUUGUUUUUCUUUGACUAAUGAUUGCCUUGCUCUCUUGGCUCUUUUUCUUCUUUUUGAUGGUACAAAUAAAAAAUAUAAAAUGAAUUAUAAUUAAAUCAUAAGGUGUUCUUUUUAGAAAUAUUUUAAACACUUCACAUGGAAGUAAUAUACUUUUACAGCAUAUUUUUUUAUUCAUAAAACUAAGAAAUAUAAACUCAAUUUUAUUGUUAGUACCUUAAAAUUUUUAUGUACAAAAAUGUUGUCUUUAAAAAGCAUACAUCAAUAUACAAAACAGAGAACAGAUACCAGACUGACAGCAGUGUUAUUCAUUUACAAAAAGGUUUAAUAAACGUCAAGCAAAACAAACGUAAUUAUUGUAUUAUGUAUGACAGAACUAAAACUAGCAUGACUAUACCAAUGCCACAGUCUACUUAAAUAUUUUGUUUAUAAAACAAAUUUUAAAGUAAAAAAUCGAGAUCAAAAUACAAAAUAUAUUAAAACCAUAAACACACAGUUUGAAUUAUGAAUUUGAUUUUAAUUGAACAUUGGACACACGAUUUAAAAAAAAUGGUGUAGUCUUUUUUUAUUCUGUUUGCUAAACGAUUUUUAACAUUUUUAUUAUACUUCAUAUUUUACAUAAUUAUAUUUUUCAUUUUCGCACAUUCAUAACAAUCAUGUUUAUAUUUACAAUCAUACAUUUCUGUACAUAGUCACUCCUUGAAUUGUUUUUAAGUUGGUAAAGAAAAAUAUUUUUUUCUUAAUAUCAUGUAUGACAUAAUUAAAAGUCAUGGGUAUCAACUUUACUCUUUUAUAACUUUUAUUGAAAGACAAAUCCUAAUCUUAUUAUUAGUGUUAAUUGAAAAUGAUAAUAAAAACUGUAAAAAAAUUACCAGCUAAAAAGUCGAAUUGAAUUAAAAGUGUUAAACAUGAUCAAAUUAACAGAUUGAAAAAUAAUAGUUUUUGUAUUUUUGCCCCAAAGUUGUUUAUUAAUUCCAUUUAUAUUCGAUCUAAAUAUUGCACUUUGGUGAAUAUAUUAUAUUUCACAACAGGUCAAAAUUUAUAGAAUGGUAUAACCAUGGAAGUAAUAUAAAUAUUACUUCCAUGGUAUAACUCUCUCUCUCUCUUUCUCUCCUCUCUCCCUCCCUCUCUUUUUAUAUGAAACAAUGGAAGGUGCAAACAUUUUUGAUAGGUGUUUAUAAAAAUAUGUAUUAAGUGUUAUGUUUUCCAUUUUACUUCAUAUUGUUUUAUUUGAAUUUAAAGCUAUUUAUUUUAAGGAUACAUAUAUUAUAUUGAAUGAAAUCCUUGUGAAGGAGUUAAUAUUAUUUUAUGUUUGGUUGUAUGAGAUACAAUCUGUUAAUGUCUGUUGUUGUAGAAAUAAAAAAGUUUAUGUGAAAUGUUCGUAUGCAUUAAAAUAAGAGUUACUGUUUA